UGUCAUAAUGGUGGUAGAAUUAUUAUCAUUAAGAAUGAUUCGCUUUUUGCUUUACUGUAUCAAAAAAAUAAAACACAUAACCGUUAUAUACUCACUAAGAACACGGAAAAGAAAUUUGUUUUUAAUAUUUUUUAUGGUUAUUAGUGCUGGCACUAUUUAUCUUGUCAAGAUGAGAGGUGUUACAGAUCGACCUAAGCCAGAACUUGUGUCCUGUUAUAACCUUUAUGAAGGUGAUUCACUUCCAUGGGCUGAAGGUAGCAACUUCUCGCCAAGGUUCGACUCGAUAUUCUUUCACGAAACAUCAUGUCGUGGAGUCUUAAACUCUCGUCAGGCGUGCUCCAUCGAGUCUACGGCAAGGGCACAUCCAACUAGACCAAUCUAUGUUUUGUUCAGUGGACCCGUCGCUGAGAUAGUGUAUCAGAGAAGCUGCAUAGCUAAAUUACGACGCUUUCCAAACGUACAUUUUGCUAGAGUGCACAUAGAGGAAUAUGCAAGGAACACCCCUUUGGACGCCUUAGUAGCAAGUAAGAAGUUAGAAGAGAGUUAUUGGCCCGUAGAACACGCUUCAGAUAUCCUCAGAUUUUUGACUCUGUACAAAUGGGGGGGACUGUAUCUGGACACAGACAUGAUAGUCAUGAAGUCUCUGACACCGCUCGGUCACAAUUGGGUGGCGAGGGAAAAGCUUGACUGUGCGAGCGUAGGAGUUAUUGCAAGUUCCAUGGACCACGUCGGUAGGCAACUUGCGCAGGCUCUUGCAGAUGAACUGCAAACGACGUUUAAACCCGAUGUUUUCAACAAUAAUGGCCCGGCCGUGAUGUUGAGAGUGCUAAAACGUUUGUGCAAUAAAUCCGAUCCGAAAGAAUGGACUGCAGAAACAUGCCAAGGUAUCACAGUGUACGGUCCAGAAUACUUUUACCCAGUCCAUUAUACAAACAAUAGCGUAUAUUUCGAACCUGGAGAGUUGAAGAACGUUUCAAAUGCCUACGCUCAUCAUUUAUGGAACAAAAUGACUUACAAUCUUACAGUAAAAAAGGAUUGCCCUUACGAUAAGUUGGCUAAGAAAUUUUGCCCUCUAAUUUAUGAGAUGUAUGGAGAUGAAUUUGGGACAUAAAAAUGUCAAAUAAUAUUUUAACAAAAACCUGAUGAUGUUUUUACUGAUGCCUAAAGGCACGUGAAUAUGGCGGGUGUAUUUGUAAUAGUUUCGUUCCGUAAUAAGUACAAUUUUUUAAGAGCUAGUUAGGUACUAAAUAAUAUGCUUUAGUUACUUUUUUUUCGUUAUCAUGCACCUGCCGUAUUGACCAUUUAAGUUAGUAUAUUUAUAUGGGGUUAAAGAUAAAAAUAGAACACAAACAAAUAAUUAACAAUGUAUAAUUUUAUUAUUUAAUCACUCAAUGACUUAAUUAGGUAAUUAAUUUUACAGGAUAAUUGAAUAAUAAGUUUCUAUCUUAAUAAUAGUUUAUAGGAGGCAUUGUAGCCGCGGUGUCACGGCGAACAGCAGUUUUAGAGAAAAAAAAAUGUGAUCUGUAGGUGGCGCUAGUGAGUAGUAAGAUGUUAGUUCUUUAUAAGUCGUAAAUAUAUUUACGUGGACUCGUUUGUCGUGGCAGAAGCCUAUCAUACAUUUACUAUGGUUAGAGUCACAUUUGUAUGUGAUGGCGCAAAGCGUGUCUCGUGGGUCACCAAAUGCUUACAGGCGAUUGGUGGUAUUCAAGUAUUUAUUGCAUCCAUAAUGUACAUGGGUGUUGGAAAAUACAGCAUUUAAUCACAAUUAUGGACCCUGUCGGGCACAGUAAAUUAUAUGGCCUUUGCGCCACGCCACUCCACGACAUACAAGUGUGUGUCUUAUCAAAAAUAGUCGAACUAAUGGUUCAUUUUAACAUUACAACCUAUCUCUAGAUUUGCGUAUUAGAGAUAGAAUUAUGGACAUAAUUAAGCUCUAUCUUUAUUCAUCUCUAAUAAUAUAUCAAAUUCUUCCUCUAAUAAGCAAAUCAUCUACAGAUUAGUUACUAAACAGACAAGAUAUUGAUACUAGGUAGACAUGUUUAACUUUAUAUAAAUAUUCUGUAGAGUAAAGACUGCGAGCCAGUGGAUGCUCAAAAUAAUAUUAUUUUUAAGUCUAACGACCAUGACACCGCGGCAACAAGCCUCAAUGUAUUCAGAACUAAUACAUUACAUAACUUAAAUGCAAAAACUAAUAAAUAUAUUACUAAUAAUAAUUGUAUAUCGUCAGUUUUUUA